AUGAUGAAAAAGAUAGAAGCAGUCUGCAGAACAUUCCUAUGGACAGGUGGAACAAAUAUUUCAAAAAAAGCUCUGUUGUCAUGGGACAAAGUAUGCUUGCCAAAGACUGCUGGUGGUUAUAAUGUUAUGGAUAUGCUAACAUGGAAUAAAGCUGCAGUAUGUAAAUUACUAUGGAAUCUCUGUAAGAAGAAAGAUAAGCUGUGGGUUCAGUGGAUUCACCUAUACUAUGGGAAGAAGCAGGAAGUGUGGGAAUCCAAUCCAAACAAUGCAUCGUGGAUAGUUCAGAAAAUCAUCAAGGCAAAAAGACAUGUAGAGGCAGCAGGAGUUGAUAUGAAAGAACUGGCAGAAUGGAACUUUUUCUCUAUCAAGAAGUGGUACAAAGGCAUGCGAGGACAGUAUCCAAAAGUGUCAUGGAGAGGACUAACGUGCAACAAUCUAGGGGCUCCAAAAUGGAUUUUUGUGCUGAAUCUAGCUUUGCAAAAUAGACUCUUCACAAGAAGCAGACUCCAUGCGUGGGGAAUUACAAAUGACAUAAGCUGCCCCUUGUGUAAUGAAGAAGAUGAGACCAUAGAUCACUUGAUGUUUAAAUGCAGAAUUCCUGGAAGUAUAUGGAGCAAGCUGCUCUAG